AUGGAUGACUAUUCCACAAAGAUUAAGAAUUCCGCAGAACAUCUCAUUCGAAAUGAAUUUCCCGAGAAAGCUCUCGAACUUGACACGCUCGUUUCGAGCGAAGUCUUAUCAUUCAAUGAAGUCACAAAAAUUCGUGAAGAAAUCCAACUUCCAACAGCCGAUGACAUCGUCGCACAUCUAGCCAAUGGAAGUAAAGAUCACCCUCAUUCAACAACAGCCGCUAACAUGAAUAACAACGGUUCUCACGUGGAAAACGCCACGGCAUACGUCUUCAAUGGUACAGUUCCGUCGAACCCACUCAUAUCUAUUCUCGAAGAUAAACUGCGACCUUACAUUCUCCAUUUUCUCGAUAGUGUUGCAAUCAUUAAACUAUGGAUUCAAUUGAUGAUUCCAAAAGUUGAAGAUGGAAACAAUUUCGGUGUGAGCGUUCAAGAAGAUUCCUUGGCUGAAGUUCGCACACUGGAAACCGAAGUAGCACAAUAUAUUGACUUGACAUGCAAGUAUCUCAUUUCUCGUGGGGAACUAAUUAAAAAAGUAGUGAAAUAUCCUCAUGUGGAAGAUUUUCGUCGCAGUGUGCAAUCAUUAGAUGAGAAACAAUUCGUUUCAUUACGAUUUGUUGCACUAGAACUUCGCAAUCAUUAUACAAGUGUUCACGAUCUUCUAAUGAAAAAUCUCGAGAAAAUCAAAAAGCCUCGUUCCAACCAAGCGCAUUCAAUGUAUUAG